AUGGGUAUUAGCUACCGAAACAGUUAUUUGAUUGUUUCUUCUUCUUCUUCUUCUGCUCCUCCUCCUCCUCAUUCUUCUUCUUCCUCCUCCUUUUCUUCUUCUUCUUCUUCUGAGCCUCCUGUUCUUCUUCUUCAUCUUCCACUUCUCCUCCUCCUCCUCUUCUUCUUCUUCCUCUUCUCCUCCUCCACCUCCUCUUCCUCUGCUUCUUCUUCUCCUCCUCUGCUUCCACCUCCUCCUCCUCCUCUUCUUCUUCUUCUUUGCCUCCUCCUCCCCAUUCUCUUAUUAUUCGUCUUCUUCCUCCUCCUCGUCUUCCUCCUCCUCGUCUUCUUCUUCUUCUUCUUCUUCUUUCUCUUCUCCUCCUCCUCCGCCUCUUCUUCUUCUUCUUUGCCUCCUCCUCCUCAUUCUCUUAUUAUUUGUCUUCUUCCUCCUCAUCUUCUUCUUCUUCUUCUUCUUCUUCUUCUUUUCUUCUUUCUUCUCCUCCUCUGCCUCCUCUUCCCUUCUUCUUCUUCUUCUUCUCUCCCUCUGCUUCCACCUCCUCCUCCUCUUCUUUGCCUCCUCCUCCUCAUUCUCUUAUUAUUUGUCUUCUUCCUCCUCAUCUUCUUCUUCUUCUUCUUCUUCUUCUUCUUUUUCUUCUUCUUCUUUCUCUUCUCCUCCUCUGCCUCCUCUUCCUCCGCUUCUUCUUCUUCUUCUCCUCCUCUGCUUCCACCUCCUCCUCCUCUUCUUUGCCUCCUCCUCCUCAUUAUUUUGUCUUCUUCCUCCUCCUCGUCUUCCUCCUCCUCUCUUCUUCUUCUUCUUCUUUUCUUUUCUCCUCCUUCUCUUCUUCUUCUUCUUUGCCUCCUCCUCCUCAUUCUCUUAUUAUUUGUCUUCUUCCUCCUCAUCUUCUUCUUCUUCUUCUUCUUCUUCUUCUUUUCUUCUUCUUCUUUCUCUUCCUCUUCCCUCCUCUUCCUCCUUCUUCUUCUUCUUCUCCUCCUCUGCUUCCACCUCCUCCUCAUUCUUCUUCCUCCUCCUAUUCUCUUAUUAUUCGUCUUCUUCCUCCUCCUCAUCUUCCCACAACUUCCUACACUUUAUCACUUUCACUUUCAUUUGUACUCCUAUUUUUUCUUUCUCUCUUUCACUUUUUACCUGUUUUUACGGUCUUUCUCCUUCUUUCUCCCAUUUUCCAUUUUUCUCUCUCUUUUAUAA